AUGCGGUCAACUUCGCAGGCUCUCCUUCUUGGAGCUAUGCUCCCGUUAGUGAAAGCAAUGGACAUUGCUCACGCCGCGCAAAGGAAUCACGCACGCGACGUGCCAGCAGCGACAGUCACAGCAGCACCAAUCGGUAUCAUCGAUCAACUAAACCUCCUCGUUGGCCACGAUGGACUCCGAGUUCGACAAGCAGACUCAUCGAGUGAGCCGCUGGCGGUUACUAUCGCGCCCGACAAAACAUGCGGAUACUUGUCUGGUCAACCCGGUGCCGCAAUCACCUGCGACAACGAUCGCUCGUGUUCAUGGGCCGCCACAAGUGGUGUUGGUCUUAUCGCUUGUGCAUCCGAGAUUUACGUCAAUUGCGUUGAGUCCAGUAGAGCUGUUGAUCCUGGUCAAUGCAAUGAUGUCUGUCAGAGUAACACUUUCAAUCUUUUAUGUACCAACUCCGAUAUGCCUUUCUGUCGCACUUAUGUCUACCCAAGCGGCAUUUUCGACUAUCGAUGCGCAUCCACAUCCGUCGAGGAUGUACAAUCUAUCAAGUUCACAUACCAAGGCCAGAAGAAUGCCAACUUCGUCACAACCACUCUCAGCGAUGGAAUUGAAUCAUCACUGUCACAGCCAACAGUCACCAACACUGAUACAAAAUCAGCCGGUGCGGCAUCUGAGACGGAACCACAAACAACAACAACAUCUGUUGUCCCUGAGCCUACUAAAAAACCCAAAUCAACGCCUGUCGGUGCCAUUGUCGGCGGCGUAGUCGGCGGUGUCGCUCUCAUCGGCCUCAUCGGUCUUGGUGCCGUCUGCCUGCUGCGCAGACGCAAAUCCAAGCCUGAGCCCACCCCAGCGCCCACCCCAGCACCAGCUCAACCUGUCAUGGCUCAACAGCCUCCUCCCCCUCCUCCUAUGAACCAAAACCCAUACCCUCAACAACAACAUUACCCACCUGUUGUAUCGGCUUACCCCGAUCACAGCAUGGCGACAUCUCCUUCGCCGUCUGAUGCUCGUUUAUCGAUGAUGAGUGGACCUAUGUCUAGUGUUGGACCAGCUUCACCUACGGGGUGGAAUCAACAGCCAUCGCCUCCGCCGUUUCAUACUCCCGCGCCGGCUUAUGAGAUGGCUGGCCCUGAGGCUCGUGAACAGGAACCAGUUUAUGAGAUGGGUACUGACGCUGCAAAGAAGUAG